AUGUCGGCACCUCCCCCACCUCCCCCUCCGCCUCCACCGCCGGGGUGGAAGCCCAAUUGGAGGGAAGAGAGAGCAAAAGAAGAGAAGAAAGAAGAGAAAACCUCGUCUUCCAGUCAACCGAUAAAAAUUCCGAGUUCGGGACCUCAGAGUCCGAAGCCGCCUAUCGGCUCUGGACCCGAUGGUUCCUUCACACAAUACGAUCGCUUACCCGAGAAGCUUCAGAGCACUCUCUCGAAAGACAAGAAACCGUUCACCUACACUCCAGCCGGGAUCGACCUCUCUGAAAUAAAAUCGCCCAAGUUCCAGAAGAAGGUCAACAGAGCGAAACAGCUCGGAGAAUACAGCGGUGUUUGCGGUCCAGGUUCCCCUGAGCUCAACGAGUACGGACAACAGGCUCCCUUGUGGCCCGACGACAUCCAGGAUAUCACGGAAUACUGCAACAAUCCAGCGGAAUUGGACGAAUCGGUGACCAACCCCCGCUACACUGGAUCCAAGAUUCCGUCGCGUUCUUUCAAGGUUCUGCAAGCGAUCACGGCGACGUCCGACGACGAAUGCUCGAGUCCAGCUUUCAGUCCGAGAGCCGCCCCCCUCUCGCAAGCGGAGCCGGGGUUGCCGCCGCCACCUCCGGAAUUCUCCACGCCGUCGUCCUACGGCCCUUCGACGACGCCAUUCUCUGACUAUUCGUACACUCCGGAGAGCUCUCUGUACACGCAACCGACUCCCACGUACCGGAAGGUUCCACCUCCGAUUCCGCCCAAGCCUCCACGAGGAGUUCCUCGGGAAUCUCCGCUGUCACCGUUGUCGAUUUCCACGCCCGCAGCCCCGCUCUCGCCUCCUCCCUCGUACACACCGAAGUCGUACGCGGCGUCCGCAGCGCAAUCGCCGAUUUUCACGCCAAGCUCUUUCGCACCCCCCGUGCCACCGCCUCCUGUCUACACUCCGAGUUCUUCGGCUCCUCCGGUACCGCCCCCUCCAGCUCCCUUUUCGACUUCGUCAUACGGACCACCACCCGUUCCGCCUCCCCCGUCGUUCACUCCUGUGCGAGCUGCGAACGAUUCGCAAAAUCGACAGCCGUUUUCGGAAAGUUUCUAUCAGUCCACCGUAAAUCCUGUUUUCAAAACCUAUACCCCUCCGCCCUCGGUGAGACAGACCGUGAGGUCAGGCCCUGGUUUCAAGGAGACCACGACGCACAAGUCGGGUCCUGGCUUCGAGGAAACGACCACCUACUCGAGCUAUUCAACUCCGUCGUACAGCGACGGCACGCAGACUCUACCGCUCCGACGGGAAUCGAAACGAACUACGACGAAAUCCUCGUUCAAGUCGCAACCGUACUACGAUUCGCCUUAUCAAACAUUACUGGAUAGUCCGCAGUUCAGGGAUCCCUUCAAUUUCGGUGGACUGACCCCAAGCUAUUCGAAUCCCUACACGGAUCAAUUCAAAUACGGUCGCAGCGAACCGCUCUCAGCACCUAUUCGCAAUCAGCCCUUCUUCCCUUCGACAAGAUCUAACUUCCAGCAACAACCGACUCCCCAACCUGUCACGAGACAAUCCACCUCUUCGACAACGUUUCAGAAAUCUUCACGAGCCACUGGGGCUGAAGACAGACCUUUGUCCAUGACUUCGAAGUUCUUCGAUGAGAUAAACCAGAUGUUCGAUCAGACAUCCGCUAACAUAAGUCGCGAGAUGUACGGAACAGACUUCUGA